AUGGAUGAUGUUGGGGGCUUUGCGCCCCUCAGUGCUGAGUGGAAAUCAGUCUUGCAGGACUCAAAGCCUGGCUGCUGCGUUGCUGAUGUGGCAGAUGUCGGGAACAGAAAGAAAGUUGCGAUGAUGCGAUGGUGCUUGGCAGAAUGCCACCGGCAAGUGCAAAGGCAGAGGGCCAGAGAGGCCUUGUGCAUUAGCCUUGCGCAAGACCAGCGUGGAAGGCGGUUCCUCGUCAGAUUCAGGAACCCCGAUUUGGAAGUUUGCGAGGGCACCUUGCAACUGAUCAAAGCCAGUUCUUCACCGGACAAUCCUGGAGCUCAAGGCAUCAGGGAAAUGACAUUGAAGGCCUUGCAAAGCAAUGACAUGAUGAACAAGGUCGAAUGUAUGGCAGCGGACGCUGCAGCUGAUGAACAGAGGGCCAUGAGGGACCUCGCAGGAAUCAGCGGGCCUGACAUCAUGCAACUUCAGGAUGUCAUGGGUCAAGCGUUCAAAAAUUCGAAGGUGUUGGGCAAAGGUAGAGCUCACCCAGCGCAAAGGAUGCUGAGCCGACCAUUGGCUGCUGACCCACAACUCAAGGAGAUUGCGGACGAGUUUGUAGAAAAACCGCAGUCGGUGGCUCGCCUGGUGGCCAACAGAGCUGCGUGCUUAGCAUCUUUGCAGUUCCUCAGCGCUGAGAAGGCCUUACUCCUGGGCAUGCUUGCCGACGCAGCCUUGGAAUUGCACAGGUUCGCGCGCGCCUGCGUCCAUGUUGGCCUCGCCAAGGUCAUGUUGCAGCACCUUGCAGAGCCACGGUUGAGAAAGCAGCUGGAGAAUGGAGAGCGCGCCAACUGCCUGCAAAAAUUUGCUGACGCCAUUGGUGUCAAUGGUGCAGCAUUGAAAUACGAGUUUGGGCAUUUUCUUCCGAUUGCUUCCAAGUUUGCCCACGUGGAAGGCCUGGAAAAUUUCCACGCGUGGCGCAAAGCAAUCCGGUGCACUCAGAAGAAUCGCAUGGCACACUCUGCAGAGGCCUUGAUUCCUGCAUUGGCACGACUGGGGUGCUGGAGCUGUAGCUCUUCAGGCUGUGAGCUGGGCUUCAGUGUAGCUCAGAACGUGAAGCAGCUGGGCCAAUCCCAAGAUGAGAACAUCAACUCCAAGGAGGUGCUCCUGAAGAAGCUCAAAGAUGGCGAAGCUGGUUUUCUUCAGGGCUGCGCUAUGGUCAAUGAUGAGUUUGCAAACCCAGACAGUGCAGCCAGCUCGGUCCUUCCAAAAAGAGUCACAUCCGCAGAACAGAUUGCUCAAGUAUUUGGUGAAAAGCAAAUGGCUGAGAUCGCAUUUUGCGAUGAGGAGAGACGCAAGGCCGUCAUUGAAGAGCCGCUGCUUGUCGUGAUGCCUGCAUCUGACAUCACAGAUGAAAUGAGGACUUUGGCUGAGACUUACGCUGACAAACUUGCUAAGACCCAACGCGCUGCUUGGGUGGACAACUUGCCGGUCUAUGUCCAUGAUGUCCCCGCUGUGCACUUGCCGCCUGAAGUUGUCGUGGCACGUCACAUACAUGCAGGCAGAAUUUUCGCCUGCAAAGAUCCCACAGACGUGACUCCCCCUGUCCUUCUUUUUGCUGGUUUGGUCGGAGGUGUGCUUGGCAACAAGCUGUUUGUGGAAACGAAAGGAGCCCAUGGUAUCACAGUAGCGUACAAGCCUGCAAUCAAGACCAAGCGGCUCUUGUUUCUGACACCUGCGUUUGUCCAGGCGCACAGGGCUGAAUGUCUGCAAUUGACCGAGGUCUUGCAGUUGGUGGAUUGUAAGUGGCAACUUUUGAACCGAGAAGGCUUGAAUGACGCAAUUCCAAAAUUGAAUGCUGCCAAAGCUCGACAGUUGCUUGUUGUCCGCAAUGAUCCCACAGACGAAAGCUUCCCACAAGUGAGGCUUCAGUUCACCGGAUUGGAAGAGGCUGUCGCCCACUGGGCGUUCUGUGCUGAGGACAAGUCUCGUUGCAGGACUGGAAUAGCCGGGUCCUACUGA